ACCAGAAGAAGGAGGCUACUCACAGAAUUGUAGACCAAAGUUGACAGGAACUUAGGUAGCCUCGUAGCCUUCCCGAGAUGAAUGUCCUUAAAGUUUUUCAGAAGUUUUCUCCUCGAAUGAGGAAAACGUACCUUUGCGGACAGUACUUCGGUGACAGAUUGCAACAUGUUGGAACACAUGCUCAGCAAGGGAAAAAUGUGGACAACUAUCGACUUGAAACCUCAAGUUCAAAGACCAUGAUGGAUAUUGGAACAAGGCAGAUCUUCUCUGAAGAUCAUGACCUCUUACGUCAGAGUGUGCGCCGGUUCUUUCAGGAGGAGGUGAUGCCACACCAUAAAGAGUGGGAGAAAGCAGGCCAGGUAAGCAGAGAAGUGUGGGAAAAGGCAGGUGAGUGUGGUCUUUUGGGAGUUUUCUCACCUGAGGAACAUGGAGGCCUUGGAGGGGAUCUGCUGUCUGCUGCUGUGGUGUGGGAGGAACAGAUGUACUCUAACUGCUCAGGGCCUGGAUUCUCUCUUCACUCUGACAUUGUGAUGCCAUACAUCAGCCACUAUGGCAGCAAUGCCCAAAUUGAGAAAUUCAUCCCCCCAAUGGUUGCUGGAAAAUGCAUUGGUGCCAUUGCCAUGACUGAACCAGGAGCAGGCAGUGAUUUGCAGGGUGUAAGGACAUAUGGCAAAAGAGAUGGCAGUGACUGGAUCCUAAAUGGAAACAAGGUCUUCAUUACCAAUGGGUGGAUGAGUGACUUGGUGAUUGUGGUUGCUGUGACAAAUCGUGAGGCCCGUACAGCAGCUCAUGGCAUCAGCCUUUUCCUGGUGGAGAAUGGAAUGAAGGGCUUUCAGAAGGGUCGCAAACUGGAGAAAAUCGGCCUGAAGGCUCAGGACACUGCUGAGCUGUUCUUUGAGGAUGUACGUCUCCCAGCAGAUGCAUUAUUAGGGGAAGCCAACAAAGGGUUCUACUACCUAAUGAAUGAACUGCCACAGGAGCGCUUGCUGAUAGCCGUCAUGGCUAUUGCCAGUUGUGAGUUCAUGUUUGAGGAGACGAGAAACUAUGUCAUGCAGAGGAAAGCAUUUGGCAAAACCAUUGCACAUCUACAGACUGUUCAACACAAGCUGGCAGAACUUAAGACUGAUAUUUGUGUAGGCAGAGCAUUUGUAGAUAGCUGCCUCCAGCUCCAUGCAUUGAGACGGUUGGACUCUUCCACUGCAUCUAUGGCUAAGUACUGGGCGUCUGAUUUGCAGAACAAAGUAGCAGAUCAGUGUGUGCAAAUGCAUGGUGGAUGGGGGUACAUGUGGGAGUAUCCUAUUGCAAAAGCAUUUGUUGAUUCCCGUGUUCAGCCCAUAUAUGGAGGAACUAAUGAAAUCAUGAAGGAACUGAUUGCCCGAACCAUUGUAGGACAACAAUAGAGAGAGGAAUGAUGGUGAACCUCAGUGUACAGUAAAUGCACUACUGGUAAAUGUCAAAGUGUCAAGAUGCAUGUGCAUCUGCAUCAGGAUUAAUGACAUUCUUUGUCUUUGAGUUAUGAUUUCAUGUUGCAUUGUGCCAUUUUAGUAACUGAAAAGAUGAACUGUGCCAUUUUAAUGUGUUUUUUGCGAGCCAUUAAUAAUGCUUUACAGUAGGAGGCAUUAAAUCAGACUUGAAUGUUGUUUGUUGUUUACUUACUUUAUAUUUUUAAAUCAAAUAAAUAUGUUUUACAUAAUAAUUAUUACAUUUGGCUUGAUUAUGUUCUGAUAUACACAGAAACAGAUACAUGAAAUGUAUAGCAAUUUCAAAAGGGUAUGAUGACUUUCUAUAGGCACUGUACACAUCCCAAAAAGCCACAAUGAAGAGCAAUGAGGAAAAAAUCCGAGAAUGAAAGUUUUUAAGAUGGACGUUGAAUAGAUGUGUUGUUCUGGGUGUGAUAUAGGCGUCGCUUGAAGAUGUCUGAAAGACUUAAUUAUUGAACAUCCAGAAGACAUCCUCAGAGUAGCCCGACGUCCCGAAUGGGGUCAGGCUGAACUAUUGUCCCAAUAUCAUUUAUUAACUGAUUCUGGCUGUAAAAUAGACGUCCAGAUCACAGCCUGGACAGACCACUGUGAUAUCAACUUGUUUUAGACGUCCAUAGACGUUGCUUGCUCAGUGGGAAUGGCCUGGGGACUAAUAAUUUUGAACAUGUACAUUUUUCCUUUUCUUGUCACAAUUCAGAGAAUGAGUAAAAAAAAAUAUCAAACUC